AUGGGGCCGCCUACAAAGAAGAGACGGCAUGGCCCUUCGCCUCCCAAGGACGCCCAAGAUGAAGACGAUGAUGACGAGCUUGCGUCACAUCCGCAAGAGAUCAAAAUCCGACGAGAUCCGGAUAUUCAACUUGCACUGAAGCGGGCAAAUGCUAAUCAAAAACUCCACGCCACCAUGGCCCACAUCAUCGAAAAGUACAGUCGCGACUUUGAAGGCAUUGGAGACGAAAUCGACAUGGCAACAGGAGAAAUUGUGGUGAACAAUGGUCACUUGCGCAAUAUGCGUGACGAGGGCGACGUCGAAGGUCUUUGGGUGGAAGGCGAAAGCGACAUUGAUGAAGAUGAAGGAAUCCUACUUGGAGAUCUCACCGACGAAUAUUCUGACACCGAAGGACAAGCCAACAAAAUCCCUGGUUCUCAACCCGAAAAUGAGAUUAGCCAGGUGUCGAGGACGAAAGAAAACGACACAGAGGCACAUCCGCAAGACCAGAAUGGCGGUGUUGAGGGGGCGUCUGAUAAUGUUUCAAGUACCGCCAGCAGUCAAAAUGAAGUACCACAAGACAGGAGUAGAGCGCUACAUUCAGAGCUGCCUUACGAUGAUCCUCGAUUAGGGUCUUCAUCCUUUGGGCCCAUGCAUUCACCAGACUUCGGGAUGCCUCCAUCGGCUUUUGGACCAUGGGGAAUGAUGCCUGGAUUCCCUAUACAAGCUUGGGGCCGCGAUGAUAUCCCCCCUUACUUCAAUAUACCACCGAGCAUGUCUGGGCCAUGGUUUACCGGGGGCAGAUAUGAGACGGCCAGUAAUAGCGGACAAGCUUCUAUAUGGGGUCGCAACUGGACCAGAAAAACCAAACGAAUUGGUUCCAUGAAGGGUUCGUUCAAAAGGACGUCUAACAAAUAUCCUAGCGACGCCGUGGAAGGCGUCGCAGAGGCUCCAGAUGGCGAUCGUGGAUCUGGAACCAAGCUAACAGGAGAAAAUUCCAACAAACAGGAGGCUCCAUUAUCUGAUCCAACCAUCAACACGAGUGAUGAGGAGGAGGAUUUCUUAUGCUCCGGAACCUCGGAUCCGAAGCCCAUCGUACAGUCGAGUCCGGUCCCAUCAAGCGACAAAGCUCUAUCUAAGGAUCACAGUUUACAUGAUCCUCCCCACAAGGUUCUUAAAGAGACCAAUGGGAAUGCCGUCAAAUUGUCACGGCAAUCUGAUGAGAAGGACAAUUCUGAUCGGAGACGUUCUAACCGGGCACGAAAGCAGACAUCCUAUAUGGGCAAGAUCUCUUGGGAUGAUGCACGGGAGUUGAAAAAAUCGGGGAAGACCUUUACGGUGCGGGUGCGGAGGGCUGAUCCGUCUCUACGGGAAGAGUUUCAAUCUGUCGAUCUCAGUGAUAAGGAAACUGAGGGAGAGGGUUCUUUACCUCCUGAGCAGACAGAAAUAGAUUCGACAUCAACAGAUGAGGUAGGAACGAGAGUGGCUUGCCAAAACCUGGCUAUUCCAGACUCUCAAGGCACGGCGGCCCCAUUUGAUGGCAGCGCUCCUCGAAGAUCACAAUCCAAGAACGCCAAGGAACCAAGCCCUUUCACUCACAACAUGAUUCCGGCAACAGAACUUUCCGACGAUGAGGCACCACUCGCUCUUUCGAGAAUCAGGGCUCCCAGGUGGCCAAAUGGAGUUCCAAUGGUAGUCUCUCCUGUACCCGACGUGCCAACUAGACAUGACGAACAUUCUGCAGAGCCCAUUGAUGCCACAAGCGCUCCGUCGAGGAACAACGACUCACCAUCCCCUGAAGCUGGAGUCAUAGUUUACAUGGCAAAUCACACCACGCAGUCGCUCAAACGAAAGCGUGGAAGACCAAAAGGCUCAACUUCUUCCGCGAAAACAACGCCCUCUAAAUCUUCCAUUCCAGUACGAGCCAAAGAGGUCAAAUCUGCAUCACCCACCGCUAUCAUUGCUUCGGCAACUGGUGACCUCCCUCAAUCCAUGAAGCGAAAACGGGGAAGGCCAAGGAAAUCGGAUGUUCUGGCUCCCACUAUUCAAGACGAAACAAACAAUCCCGUGAAAGAACUCGUGCAUGCCGGUGACGAGGUCACCGAGAACGGUCAACAUAGAUCGAGCGAUGAGACUCUAGACAAUGAGGUUUCCAAGAUAUCGCCUCAUCUGUCCCAUGAACUUAGAUGGCUCCUCAAAACCAAACCCAAAGACUCAGCUCCUGAUAGAACAUGUGACACAUUUCUAUACAAGUUUGUCCGGCCUCGAAAGGCGAAGGAGACAUUGCAGCAAACCAAAAAUGAUGAAACAGAGGUGCAAGACGUUGCACAGGAAGGGGAGGAAGUUCCAAAAGAUAUAACGGACAAUAUACAGGAACAGACCAUACUUCAGAAGUCACAAGAACUGAUACAAGAAGUCGACACUAUCAUGGGAGAUGUCCCGCAAACUCGCCAAAACUCUGAAUCUAUCCAAGAUUACCAAUCAUUACCCGCCAGUCCUUCCUCCCUUCCUCACGAUGGCGGAACUCCUAACGACAACAUGCCUCCAGAAGGUGACGAGCUUGUCGGAAAUGACAGUCCUACACUUCAUGUAGUCACUGACGACGAAGCUAUCGAGAGUGAAGAAUCUCUUCCCCUCUUACCACGAGAUUUUCCCAUUCAAGAAGCUUCGACGCCACAGAAACCGAAAGAUACGAGGAGCUCUUUAAUAGAGCCGCCAUCAAGUUCCCAGAAACCCCAUACUCCCCGCCACAGAUAUAUCCACACAAACCGGGCUCCAUCUUCACGCCGCUCCCUUCUCUCCUUUGUGUCAGAUUCCGAUUCAGAUACAGAGGGUUCCCGGGAUGAGCUGGCUCGAAGAGUCAAAUCCCAUCCGAAAUCGGCAAGCGUCAACCCGUCAUCAACGAAGAUGCGGAGACCUGCUACUCUGACCAGAGAAAUUCAUAGGACGCCCAGUAAGAGACGUGUUCAUGAGAUCUCCAGUCCCAUCGGGGUCGUAAAGACACCCGGCGGCACAAUAAGAACAUGCGGUGUGGGUGGAUAUCACUGCGGCCGAGAUUAUUGCUUCACUUGCAUUUAA